GCUUCAGUUACUUGAAAGGCAACGUGGUGUCGGGAACGCGUGGCGUAUACACUCUCCACACGCACACUGUUUACGCGUAAAGACCCUUCUACUGCGUUCUACCUACCUUGCCAGGCUUCGGUACGCAGCUUGCAUCGCGUAUCGUGGAGAAUGAGAGUGUGAGUAGAAUUGAUUUUCUCGUGCUCCGAUAUACGUAUAUUUUCUGUGCGUGCGAUUUUCUGCCGUGCAACAUCGGUGGCUGUAAAAAAAAAACCGUGCAGCGUGUGCGCCGAUCCGCCACGCGAAUGGAUCUACGUCUCUUCUGCGUGCCACCGUAAUUGACCAGAAGUGGGCAGAAUCCGCUAGAGAUCCCUGGAAGAUCCACGCAGCGAACACAUCCAGAGACGGGUCGACCGUCCUGCUUUUCGGACGUUGAGCGAAUGGUUACGACCCGCGUGCCGUGCGAAACGUGAAAGAUUAAUCACAAGGUCUGCAAUAACGCGAUGGGACGGCGAUAGUGAUGUUUCGGUCACGAAGUUCAAAGUUGUAUCGAUUAGCUGAAAUGGGGUCUGCAAACUGGUGGCUGAUCGCGGUCAUCGCUGUGAUAAUCUCGACGGGAGCGACGAUAGCCCUCGAGGGACCGAACAUAUGCACCCGGCAGGAAACGUAUACGAUAACAGUGAAAGUAUCCGAGCAGAAACCAUACACUGUGCGAGAGAACACGUGGUGCUUCAGUUUCCCACCGAGAUGUUCCAAAUACAAAGUUGUCUACAAAACUGUCUACAAAGAGCAGGAAUUGAUAAAACAAAAGCCCGUAGAGGAAUGCUGCAAAGGCUACACGGAGACCACAAAUGGCAGUCGUUGCAUUCCAGUCUGUUCCGAGGAUUGCCGCCACGGGACUUGCAUCGCGCCUGACAUCUGCAAAUGCGAAUCUGGAUAUGGCGGCCCGUUAUGCGACUUUAAGUGUCCGUCGGGUAAAUGGGGCAGAGAUUGCGAGAUGGAUUGUAAGUGCCAGAAUGGGGCCGCAUGCGAUCCGUUUGAUGGCAAGUGCAUGUGUACCAGGGGCUGGACUGGAGUGUACUGCGAUCAAAAGUGUCUUUUUAACCGCUACGGACAGGAUUGCGCCGAAGAGUGCCGUUGCAGUAACGGUGGGAGUUGCCAUCAUAUUUCUGGUGAAUGCCAUUGCACCUCCGGUUACACAGGCCCGCUAUGCAACGAUUUAUGUCCUAUGGGCAAGCAUGGCGAGGAAUGCAAGUCGGAAUGCCGUUGUCAGAACGGUGGAUCCUGCAACCCUAUGACCGGUGAAUGUUACUGUACAUCCGGUUGGACAGGUUCGGUCUGCGCAAAUCGAUGCCCGGAAAGUUUUUGGGGCAAGAACUGCUCUCAGUCCUGCGAUUGCUAUAACGGAGCCGGUUGUAAUCACAUUACGGGCAAGUGUCAGUGCAAACCGGGUUUCUACGACGACAAAUGUUUAAAAGUUUGUCCCGAGGGCACGUUUGGACUGAACUGUACAAACAACUGCACUUGUGAAAAUGGUGCCACAUGCAAUCCUACUAACGGCACCUGUGUAUGCAGUCCAGGUUGGACGGGUAAAAUGUGCAGUCAAAGAGCCUGCGAGGACGGUUUAUACGGUCCCAAUUGUGCAAAGGUCUGCGAAUGCGAGAACGAUAAAACGGAACUAUGUCAUCCUUGGACUGGAUAUUGUUCUUGCAAAAUGGGAUGGGACGGCGAAACCUGCGCCAGGCCAUGUCCCUUAUAUACAUACGGAAAGAGUUGCCAGAAUCGUUGCAAUUGCAGGAACAACGCACAGUGUUCACCAAUCAAUGGCACUUGUAUUUGCGCGGCCGGGUAUCGCGGAAAGGAUUGCGGCGAGUUAUGUCCCACAAACACUUUCGGAGAAGAUUGUGCGCAGAAGUGCUCCUGCAAGAACGGAGCCAGCUGCUCAGCUGAGAAUGGACGUUGCAACUGCACGGCUGGAUGGGUCGGUGUUUUGUGCGAUCGUCCCUGCGACGACAAGUCUUAUGGCAAGGAUUGCGAAGACAAAUGCAAGUGCUUUAACAAUGCUGCCUGCAACCCGCAAAAUGGCACGUGCACAUGUGCAGCUGGCUUCACCGGUAUACUAUGUCAGGAUCGUUGUAAAAAGGGCUUUUUUGGAAACGGAUGCAAUCAGAGUUGUGACUGUGUCGAAGAAAAUACCGUAGACUGUGACUCCACUACCGGGCGUUGCAUCUGCAAGCCAGAAUGGCGAGGGGUACGAUGCGAAACAAAGUGCCCAGAGGGUCUUUACGGCGAGGAUUGCCACUCGCAUUGCGAAUGCAUGAACAAUAGUUCGUGUGAUCCCACGACCGGAAGUUGUGUCUGCGCCAGGGGUUGGCAGGGCCCCGAUUGCUCGCAACCCUGCAAUGAAGGAUGGUACGGACUGGGCUGCAGAGAAAAAUGUCCGGAGAAAAUGAAUGGAAACAUGACUUGCGAUCACGUUACCGGUGAAUACGUCUGCCGUCCGGGAUACUUGGGUCUUACCUGUGAACAUCCAUGUCCACCCAAUCGUUAUGGGCUAAACUGCGCAAAUCGUUGUCACUGUAGAAACGGCGGGGAAUGUCAUCACGUAACAGGUAUAUGUCAAUGUCGACCUGGCUGGCAAGGCGAGUAUUGUCAAAUACCUUGCGCGGAAGGCACAUACGGCGUAAAUUGCACACAGCAUUGCAAGUGUCAGAACGGCGGUAAAUGCAGAUCCAACGACGGACAUUGUCGAUGCUCACCUGGAUGGACUGGAACCAGAUGUACUGAAAUUUGUCCGGAAGGAUAUUAUGGUGACCAUUGUAUGGAAUCUUGCGAAUGUAAAAACGAUUUCUUCAUAUGUCAUCCAGCUGAGGGUUGUAUUUGCAGGCAUGGAUACACAGGUGAGAACUGUGACGAGCAGCUAUUCUCUCGUAAUAUCCAAGAGAAGGAAGAUGGGGGAUACGGGCACAUUGUAGGAGCCAUAUUUGCGACUAUUGUUAUAAUUGGCGUUUUGUUCGCUGCGUGGAUGUACCAUCGUCGCCGAGUGGCUGAUCUCAAGAGCGAGAUAGCUCAGGUACAAUACACAGCUGAGCCUGUAUCUCCGCCAGAUCGAAAUCAAUUCGACAAUCCAGUAUAUGCGUAUCAAGGGUCCUCGAAGUUCGACGAUGGCACUACUACGUUGCUGAACAAUUUCCAAUUCCGGAAUAAUUUCCAUAAAAAUAUAAACACCGAGAAGGCUAAAUUUGGCUUAGGCAGUUGUACUGAUGAGGAAGACGAUUGUAAAGGAGCAUACGGGCUGCAAUAUGAUUUGAAGAAUAGGGAUGCUGAUAUGGGAAAUCCAAACUUGAAUGUGUAUCACAGCAUCGAUGAGAUGGACGGCAAAAAAGUUGAACACGUCUAUGACGAGAUUAAGCAGAACAAUGAAUCGGAAUACGACGAGCUAAAUCAACCGCGGCCAGUAAGUUGGAACAUAAAGCCACAUUCGAGUCGGACAGCCAAUGGCUUCCUGCCUAAAUCUUACGACAAUCCGGGACCCAGCAAAGUGAUAGACAAAGAUCCGGAAUUAGGCGAUACCUAAAAAUUCGACCUAGCGUUCCUCGUUUUUAACUGCCCAGCUCCUGUAUUUUGUAACUGCAAAUAUUUUAUAUAGUAAAAAAGCUGUGCAACUGUCAUUAUGAGCACAUAAGGACUGCAUAACGAGUUACAAAAUACAGGCCUAGGUUUGAAUGAGCUUCAUUUACGCUCGCGGUCGGAAGACUGUGUCCUCUUUUCAUAAGGUGCAAAUAAGGAUGAGUGAUACAGCACCAAUAUGUUAAAUAUCGAUAUUUUUGGACUUUUCUCGAUAUUUUGUAUUUCGAUAUUGAUGUGUAUCGACAUUUGAAUAGGAAUAUCGAAUUUUAUAUGGUCGAUCCGUUAAGCCUGUGUUAAUUUAAUACUGAUUGAAAUUGGAUUGAAAAUUGAUCAAUUAGAGCAAAAUUUAUUAAACUUUAGAUUAGUUUUCCUAUUGUCUCCCGUGCAGCGUGCACAACGUGAUGGUAUUUGUCGCUCGACAACCCAGUGAGAAAUGAUCGUCACUUCAACAUCGAAUCGAUGCCAAAUCAACGUCAAAAUAUUAAUUCGACGUUGACUAGACAUCGAUUUGAUGAGCCAUUUCUUGCUAGAAAGAAUGUGUACGUCCAAAUGUGUGUUAUCUAAUUUGAAAAAAUUCUAAUUAGAAUAAUUAUUCAAAAAGAUCAAUGAAAUAGCCUCAAAAACAAUCUCUUCCAAAAAGAUCAAUUUUUUACGCAUCAAUACGAUCGAUAAUUUACGUAUCGAUACGCAUAUCGGUGCGUGUAUUAUCUAAAAAUAAAAAUAUUAGAUCUAUACUGAUAUCAGCAAUAUCAGCAAUAAAUUAUUCAGCCGAUAUUUUGAUGUAUAUCAAUAUUUCUGCUCACUAUACAUUGCGAUACGAAAUAUCGAGAUUUUUUCUGUAUCGUUCAUCCCUAGGCGCAAGUCUGUGGUAUUACUUUUAUCGUUUAAGCAAUUUUUUUAAGUAAGCUUUUACAACAUAAUUAUAGCAAUUAUUAUAACUAUGUACUAGUUUUGUAAAAAUUAUGUUGAAUGUUUUAUACAUAUAAAAUCUAUUCACGCGCUAUCAUGCCUUUGUCUCGUAAAUUAAAGUUACGACAGUAUUAGAAUGAAAAUAUUUGGUAUGUGAAACAGAAAAAUCCGAAACAAAUUUUUCUGGCAUGCUCUUUUAAUAUUUAGCUUUUAUUUGAGAUAUCGAUCUCUAUCAUUUUCUCAUUUUCCACAUAUCACCCAUCUGCGAUGAGAAGAUGAACGGCUCUGUAUAUAUAAACAUAUUCUUUCUAACGUAAGUAUAUUUUAACUAAAUUAUUGUAUAUCUAUCUGAUAUAUGUGCAUAUACAUAUUGCCAAAAGUAGUUUAAGUAACUGGCAAUGAUAAACUGGCAUAAGUAGUUUAAGAAACUGGCAAUGAUAAACUGGUGAUAAGAAAUCAAAUCAUGAAUAUGAAAAAAUUUGCGAAUACACGAAGAUAUAUCGUGGAGAAUCCUUUGUCAUAUCGACAUUUUCGUCGUUGUAUAUUUAUCAAUAUUGCAAUGAUUAUAAAAGCAUUUAAAAGGGUUCUAAUAAUUUGUUAAUAAUAUUGUUGAUUCUGGUAUUAUUCUAGAUAGCACACAAGUAUUCUACUUAUUUUUAUAUGGACCUGACCUUAUCCUUAUAGUAUACUGCACAU